GGGCCCAGACACCGCCCCCGCACGCGGGGAGGUGACCGUUGAGCCCAAAUAGGCGGCGUCACCGGCCAAUCAAUACGCUUCUAGACGUUUCAGCGGCCAAUGAACAAUAAGAACGCCUCCGAUCCAGCCAGCGUCCCGUGCUCGGUGGCCCCAGAAAAGUCAGUGUGUAGGCCUCAGCCACCCCAGGUCCGACGUACAUUCUCCCUGGACACCAUCCUCAGCUCCUACCUUCUGGGCCAGUGGCCACGGGAUGCCGAUGGGGCCUUCACCUGCUGUACCAAUGACAAGGCCACCCAGACUCCCCUGUCCUGGCAAGAACUGGAAGGUGAGCGGGCCAGCUCCUGCACACACAAGCGCUCAGCGUCCUGGGGCAGCACAGACCACCGGAAAGAGAUUACCAAGUUGAAGCAACAACUGCAAAGGACAAAGCUGAGCCGCGGGGGGAAAGAGAAGGAGCGGGGCUCCCCACUGCCCGGGGACCACGCCGUGCGGGGAGCACUGAGGGGAUCCCCUCCCAGCCUCACCUCAGGGUCACCUGUCCUGAGACUCAGCCCCUGCCUACACAGGAGCCUCGAAGGGCUCAACCAAGAGCUGGAGGAGGUGUUUGUGAAGGAGCAGGGUGAAGAGGAGCUGCUGAGGAUCCUUGAGGUCCCGGAUGGGCACCGUGCCCCAGCACCUCCCCAGAGUGGCAGCUGUGAUCAUCCCCUUCUCCUCCUGGAGCCUGGCAACCUUGCCAGCUCUCCCUCCAUGCCUCUGGCAUCCCCCCAGCCCUGUGGCCGGGCCAGCCAUGAGGAACACCGGGGUGCCAUGGAGGAGCUGGCAUCCACCCCCCAUGACAAAGCCUCCUCUCCAGGCCCCCUGGCCUCCCUCGAAGAUGGAAGCCCAUCUCCAGUCCUUGCCUUUGCUGCCUCCCCUCGGCCUAAUCACAGCUAUGUCUUCAAGCGGGAGCCCCCAGAAGGCUGUGAGAGAGUGCGUGUGUUUGAAGAGGCCACGUCUCCAGGUCCUGACCUGACCUUUCUGACCUCCUGUCCUGACAAGAACAAAGUCCACUUCAACCCGACCGGCUCGGCCUUCUGCCCCGUCAGCUUGAUGAAGCCCCUCUUCCCCAGCAUGGGCUUCAUUUUCCGUAACUGCCCCUCGAGCCCGGGCUCUCCCCUCCCCCAAGCCAGUCCCAGGCCACCCCCUCGGAAGGAUCCAGAGACCUCCAAAGCCUCCCCAUUGCCAUUCGAGCCAUGGCAGCGUACGCCCCCAUCAGAAGAGCCCGUGCUUUUCCAGAGCUCCCUGGUGGUCUGAGGGUCCACCCCCCACUGUACCACAGAGACCAGUGCCUUGGUGGCAGGCCCCUCCCUGGCUCCCCUGAGGUGGGGGAUGGAGGAGCCCUUCCCUCUCGGCCUUUGAGCACUUUCAUUUAUUGUGUCAAAGCCCCAGGUCCUCUCUCGAUGGGCGCCGGCCCCCCAAAUGUGAGGGGACCUGCCUUCCCCACUAGCAACUGGGAAGCCCACAACUCAUACCCAGAGGACUCCAGUCCCCCUGGGUGUCAGUCAGAUGACUGCAUAGGAGACCUUUAUUCUUGUCACGGAGCAAGCUGGCCAUGACCGAAGGAGUGGGGACGCCACGAUCUCCUUCCCUGUCCUCCACAGUCACGGAAGAGGGGCCAGAAGACAGGUCCCAUCCUCACCCCCUCCCGCACCUCCCUCCCUCGGAGGAGCUGACCAAAGCCGCCCUAAGGGGCCAAACACUUGACCAACUCAGCUGCUGGCAGAGGGAGGAACCAUGUGUUUCCCCAGUGGCAUUUCAUCUCGCUUUCACCCUGACGAAAGAUUGUUUUAAGCAGCAGCCCGGCCUGCCCAGCCCCAGGUGGGUGGGGAGAGGGAGAGCGGGCAUUCCUCCAGGGGGCAGAUGGUGACACCACACCUUCCCCCUGCCCCUGGGCUAGAUUGGAUUAGAAAAAUGCCUAUUUUUCUUGUAUCGAUGUAGAAACUCUAUUUUCUCCCAAAGACACUAUUUUUGCAGCUGUUUGAAGUUUGUAUAUUUUCCGUACUGCAGAGCUUACACAAAAUUGAAGAAGAAUGUUAAUGUUCGAGUUUUCUUAUCUCGUGUUUAGAAGUUGUUUUUUUUUGCAGAUCUUGGUGUUAAUAGACCAAAUAAAUAAAUAAGUAUUCCCAGCAGCUUG